ACUGAGAAGAAGAUCACUUAAGUAGAAUGCCUCUGUUUCAUCAUUACUUUGAACCUGACCUUAUUCUCACACACCCUUGUAUAAUUAUAGCUAAUGCAACCUAUAAUCCCUAGGCCUGUGAAGCCAAAACAGACAAGUUGUUGGGGGUUCUCAUAAAUUGUGGAAGAUCUCCCCACAAGAUUUUCUGAAUCAGAUUUUGGGGUUUUGCUUGCAUCAUCACUAUAAUGAGUACACUGCUGGAACAGUCUCUCUCUUUUUCACCUUUCAGUUCCAAUUUCCCUUUUAGAGCCAUAUAGUUGUGUAGGUUCAAAAGUUUCAGUCAUUCUCUGCUACAUUUACCCUCAUCUCUCUCUAUCAAGCUAGCUAAUUAGGGUCAAAAAAUAGCUAGAAAGCAAAGGUCUUUUUCACCAUCUCUGAGCAAAAAUGGGGUUGAAUGGACCUGGCAGCUGCAACAGUAGAGAGAAUCCAGAUAUUUUGAUUGCAGAGACGAAGCAGGAGAUAAUGAGAGGAGGAUGACAAAAAAGAUCAGAAAAAACUAAUGGGCCCUCCAAAGCCAUGAGUGCCACACACUGCCACUGCGCCAUUUCAGUAAUGUGUUUUCUUCUCUCCUUUCUCUGUGUGGCUCCUCUUGAGCUCUCUAUCUUGGAUUUUCAUUAUUGGGUCCAAUUCAUAUUCAUGCAUUCUCAUCUCAUCUCUGUGAUGAAGAAGUUUUGAUUUUUUUUUUUUUUGGGUACUUUUGAGUUUUAACUCACUCACACUCUCUCUUUCUUCUCUUUAUUGGGUUCUCUGAGACGUGGGUGUCCUUUUAUCUUUCAGACCCAUUUAUGUUUCGUGCCUUUAAACUUGUGGCCACAGCCAGAGAAGAAAGAAGGAGUAAAUGAUGAAACUUGAUGGGGCCCCAUUAUUGCUGAAGCUCUGAAUCUCAGUUUCUUGGGGUUUGGUUUCUUGAGAAAACCCAACCUUUUCUGGUCGUUCUUCAUAAAAAAAAACGCACUUUAUGUGUGUGCUUUAAGUUCAUGUGGAUGCAUGAGAGGUCAUUGUUUAGCUUUUUCUCCUUGUUUCUUUUUGUAAAAGAAGGAACAAACAAUUUACCACUGCAUUCUGCCUUCACUGUGCUCCUUUAAGACUUUAAGGACAAAGAAUCAUAGCUUGUGAACUUUCACUUCAUUGGCUUGUUUCUCUGGGAAUUAUACAUAUAUAGAGAAGCUUUGCUGCUGCAUUCUCUCAGUGGAAGUGUUUGCGGGUGGGUUAUAUAUAUCCUCUUCAAGUUGGAAAUAGGCUGAGAUAGUUGAUAUUGAUAAUCAGUUCAUCAUAGCUGAGGAAGUGACUCUCUCUGUUCAUCUUGCCUGGUUUUUGUUAAAGUUUCCCAAUGCCUUUUUGUCAAAACCUCCUGUUGAUGCCCAAUGCAAUCUGAGAUUUGUGUCCUGAGAUAUGAUGGAUAAUCAAAUGUUCAAUGUCCCCACGGAUGUGACUGCCCGAAAUUCUGUUGUCGUAGAUGGGAUUGGACCACAUACAACGAUGAACUCUUUUCUCCGGUCGUAUUCAUUAGACGUCAAUCACCAAAAUCAUUUCAUUUCUGUACUUCCAAUGCUUCCAGCCAUUGAUGGAGAUUCUGUCAUUGGUUGCCAUUCGGAUCAUCUUCAUGACACGAAUAGUGCUGCUAUUGCUGAAUCACAUGCUUUUGUUACAUCUCAAAGAAGGAACAAUAUGGGAGAACCCCCAUUUGGCAGUGCAAGUUUCUAUGACCAUUCUGUGUUUCAAGGAAUACCCAACCCUGCUGCUUCAUGUUCUACCGUUUUCGCUCCAAGUGGUAAUCUUCAAGAAGAUCUCGACAACUUAGCAAUUUCAGCAACUCCCAUGCAUUCUUCGGAAAUUUAUGUUUCAAAUGCCUGCUCUAGCAUACCAAGUUCUUUGUUGGCAACCCCUGUAAAUUAUGGAUAUGAUGAAAUACUUGGUAGCAUAAAUAGUCAACAGUGGGAGCUCAACAAGUAUGCAGCAGCUCCCUCGGACCCUAAAGAGAAAACUCCAGUAAGAACAACAGGGCUUCAACCAUAUUCACCAUCUAUAGGAAAUCUGAAUCCAAAUGGAUGGUCAUCACCUAAUGGCGCCAGUUAUGAGAUGACAUAUCAUUCUUACAGUUCCCCUAAAUCAAGCAACGAGCUCUCUCUAACACUUGCCACAUCCAGGCCUUCUAUCAUAAAUGGCAUGAAUAUCCGAGAUCAGUGUUCAGACAUCGAGUGUUCUGGGAUUGUUCAGCCUUGUUUGAAUCAAACAAGGUUUGGCUCAGAUCAGCCAGCUUCUUGCAGUAGUGAGGAGCCUUCUCCAAGUUUUGGUUCUUGCAAACCACCCCAAUUAUCCCAAAUAAUAUGUGGAUCAAGCUACUUUCAUGUGAUUCAGGAAAUACUUGCCCAGAUUGCAAGCUAUUCACUAGAAAAUCUAGACGAGUCAAGUUAUUCGUCUGUGGGGGUCAAUUCUGCUUUAGAUAGUAGAUUUGAGGUGCAAAACGAGCCUGCGCGGCAAAGACAGGAAAUCGAAACAAAGAAAGCUAAACUUCUGGCCUUAUUGCAAAUGCUUGAUGACUGCUACAACCAAUGUGUGGAUGAGAUUCAUACAGUUGUAUCUGCAUUCCAUGCUGCUACAAAUACAGAUCCUUCUGUACAUGCUCGUUUUGCUCUUAAAACAAUCUCCAGGUUUUAUAAAAAUCUGAGGGAAAGAAUUAGCACCUAUUGCCUUGCAAUGAGUGAAAAUUUCAACCCUGAAAGUCCCAGUGAGAGUGAAACCUCCUAUGAUGAAAUUCAAAAGCAGUUGGCUCUUCAGCAUAUGAAAAAGAAAGAACAUCAAAUUUGGAGACCACAGAGAGGCUUACCAGAAAAAUCAGUCUCAGUUUUGAGGGCUUGGAUGUUUCAAAACUUCCUUCAUCCGUACCCUAAAGAUGCAGAGAAGCAUCUCCUGGCAGUAAAAAGUGGAUUAACAAGAAGCCAGGUAUCAAAUUGGUUCAUAAAUGCUAGGGUUCGGCUAUGGAAACCUAUGAUUGAGGAGAUGUACGCGGAUAUGAACCGAAGAAAAGCUCGGCAAAAUGAAAACACUGAGAAGAUACCACAUAAGUAUUAACAAUCAGAAAUUUCAUGUGAAUUGAAGGGUUUUGGGAAGGUACAUAUCAAAUGGAAACGGGCACUUCUGUAUGAUUCAGUAGAAGAAGAAAAAAUACACUACAUCCUCAACAUUGUUACAAUUAAGCUGUAUAUAAUCCUCUCAUCUGCUUUCUGUAAUUACCGUGCAUGCCUAACCAGCAUGAACGUCUUCUCUUGUGAGCAAAAUCAGUAUGGCACUCUUGUGGCAACUAGCUAGCUUUGUCCCUUAAUCAAUUUGGUACCGCAUUCGAACACUGCCUUUUUUUCUGUUUGAUUCUUUUGAAACAUGGAGUGAUAAUUCAAUGGCAGGGUUGGUGGAUCACCAUUUCUGACACUGAGAAGACGAUCAACUGUGAUAUCUACAACUGGGUUUGUGGCCGGACGAGUUGGAAUCAAACUACCAAUCACUCAGUUUAUAAAAUUAACCAACUUCCCUAUGUGCCGCUAAGAGUCUUAUCAUAAAAGUGACCCAUCCCAUUAGAUUUUGCAGGGAGCAUUACAGGCACAAUCCAAAGCCAUUGCAAUAUCUUUGUUUGCUGGCAAUCCAUUUGCUAUUGCAAAUGAAGAAACUGCCACCUUUUUGGGAUUGUGAUCGAGCAACAGCAUUAUUAGAGCACUACUACAUAUAACUUUGGAUUUUAGUGAGUUUAAGGCAGAUGCAUUAUUUAUUCACCUAAUAAAAUAAUAAGAUACCUCCAGUUUUCUUCCACUAAAAAGGGAUCUAUUUUCUCCAACAAUAUUAACUUAAAUAACGAUCCCUAAAACUCUGUCUCGAGAACACUGAGCUUGCGGCGGCAAAGGCAGAUCCAGUCCUCGUCCGGUGGCUCUCCGGCGUCGCCUUGAUGUCGUGGUGAUGCUGCCGGACGGGCGACAAGAGGGUGUAGCCCUCUGGGAUCUUUGCUUAUGGUUUUGACAGGUAGGUAGCUGGGCCUAUUCGGAUUGAGACAGCUUGGGGUUGGAGGUUUGUGCGUACCGGUUCAGAUCAACGGCGGCGGCUGGGUUUCGCUCCAGACGAUGGUGAGUGUGCGACCCAUACCGGGUUGGGGUUGAGUUUCAAUCUGUGGUGCGGAUCGUCCCUCUCUUCUGGGUUGGUCGCUGUGGCAAUCUGCAGUUGUGCGUGGAGCUUGAAGGCUUGGGGCUGUGGAGAGAAGAUGGGCUAGGCUUCGCUGUUGGGCCUUGGCAGGAUGUCCUUUAGGGCUGCUGUUUAUUGGCCUGGGCCUUCACUUUGUCAUUUGGGCCAAGUGUUUGGACCUAGGGCUAUAGAUUGUUAGUAGUUUUGCUUUCAAUAACCCUUUUCUAGGGACUAAGCUUGUUAGAUUUUCUUUGAGGCACUAAUGAGUAUAGUUUUACUCGGUUUAUUACCAUGUACUACGUUAUCGUAGUAAUAGGAUUGCUUUCUUAAG